UGAGGAUUAAGCGGUUUAUAGAUGAUGGAUGGAUGGUUGACAACAGGGAGACACUGGUGCUUUUGAAUGCAGCCUUGAUUUGUGGUGUCAGUGGCCCUUUUAUUGCUGCUCUGGUUUGAGGGGAGGAGCUUUUAUUGUUGCAGCGUUUCCCCGAAAACGAAACCUGACCAGCAGGAUGAGGAAACUACAGAGAAGCUACACUUCACUACAGAGAAGAUCAGAGCUGACUGAAGUGUCUCAGUCCAGAGCAGAAGAUGGAAGAUGGUGACGAGUCGAUGUCAACACGUGUAAUGUGACAGAAGGAGAACAGGAACCAUGGCUGACCGACCUGAGCAGUCGCCCAAGAACUGGAGUGAAUCUGACGUGAGCAACUGGCUGAGAUCCAUCGGAGUAAAGCAACAGUACGUAGAAAAGCUCUACGAAGAAGAAGUAGACGGACAAAUCCUCCUCACGCUGAAUGAGGACUUUUUGAAGUCAAAGAUUUGCAUGAAACUAGGGCCCGCUCAUUUGAUUAUUCAGAAACGAGAUGAGCUUCUGAAGUUACAGCAACAAUGUCAGGAGAAGAAAAAGCCCUCUGGUGGCAAAACAACAGAGUUAGAGCAGAAGAGCAGUCAGAAACCGGUUCCUGCAACAAGCGAAGAUCCUCCAGCGCAGACUCCUGUCAGCGAUCAGGAAGUCUCAGAGGAGAAACAAUGCAUGCUGAUUUCAAAGCAAGACUGCAAACCGCGGCCAUUUGAUCAAGAAGGGAUUGAUUUCAUUUACGUAAAGCACAGAGUCCUGCAACCAGAAUCCGGUGCUUUUAAUCUGACGUCUCCAUGCCAUGAGUUUAAGUCUUUUUCUGUAGCUGCUUCGUUGGACCGCACAAGACUCCAAACCAAGUUCGCCAAAGAGGUUCUUAAAUUUGCGACUGGCUGCAUGAAUAUCAGGUCAAAUGGAACAAUCCACUUUGGAGUGAUGGACAGCAAGGAGGAUGCAGGAUACGUGCACGGUGAGAUAGUCGGCGUCCCUGUGACAGAGAAGGACAUUUAUGUAGAUGCUUUGGACUACAUUGAAAGGAGCUUCUCCUCUGACAAGGAGCAUGUACGCCAGUGUGUCCGACCGCCACGGUUCAUCGAGGUCAUGGAUCAACAGAGCACAGAAAGGAGGUAUGUGGUAGAGGUUGACAUUGUGCCCUCCAUCAGCAUUGUUAGGAGUAAGGUGUACGCAGUCCGUCUGCCAAACUUCAAAGAGUCAACAAACAAAGUAGAAUUUGAAAAAGAAGCGAUUCUGCGAAGGGUGGGUUCAAAAACAGAGCCAGUCAGCGACAAAGACCUCAGCGACUUUUACCAGAGAGUCAAAGGUCGGGAUGCUCAAAGAGACGACGCAGAGAAAAACCAGUUCUUGUUCGCUCCUGAGAUCUGCCAAGACCUCGGACGGAAGCUCACCAUGCUGAUGACGAGUGGAAAGAAAUUCAUCGAGACAGAAAAAUGGUUCAUUCUCAUCACCAACAAAUUCAAGCCCGAUGACCUCUGCAACAUCGACUGGCUGCUGAACAUGAACAUAUUCUGCGUGUUUGAUUUUGACCCAGACUCAAAGAUAUCAGGUCUUUGCAACAAAUACCUUCAGCAUCAUGCUGCCAACAUGCAUUUUCUGCAGAACUAUAAGAUAUCUGGUGGCACAAGCAUCAAAGAAUUCACCAGCCACUUGCAUCUGUUUGAGCAGACUAGUUGGAUCUUCUGUAAUGGCCGCACUGACUUCAAAGGAAACGAAACUCCGUGUGAUGAGAUGACUUGGAUCAAGACCAAAAUGACUCUGCUGCGGGAAUCUGUGUCGUUAAUCAGUAAACAAAUCUUGCCCAAAGGCACAUUCCAGGUCAUUUUUCUUGUCACAUCACCAGUUGAGAAACCUCUCCUGCACACCUUUUAUGAGUUUUUCACAGACAUGGAAGGCCAUGAAGACAUCGUCUGCAUCUGUGAAUCGGAGAAAAACUUCCAGAAGUGGCAAAGCUUUGCAGAGGGUUCGUGUGGAAAACAAGCUGUCGACAAUUCCAGUGUUGUUGGGAUGAAAAUGAGUCACAUUAAUGCAACUCUGCAGAAUGUGCAACCUGUGAAAGCUUGUGCCAAGAAGCACUUGCCAGUCUUUGUGAAAGGGAAAUGUCUCCUUGAAACAUACGAAGAGGAACAGAUGUAUUCUCUGGAAAUCCUGACGGUCGAUCAUUGUGAUGAAACGAGCGAUGACUUCAUCGAGGAGGAGAAGGCAAACAUCGAAAGCCAGUUCCUCCGCGGUGGGAGAGUGACCUGGUUGAACUUCUGGCUUGCCGAGCACAAGUAUGUUGGCGAGGUAGUUGAAAGAGAUGCCUAUCACGAAACGUCCAAACUUCUCAAAGAUGCUUUGAAAAACAACGCAGAUCAGACUCCAGUGAAUAUUAUCAACAUCUACCAUCACCCAGGAAGCGGUGGAAGCACGGUGGCAAGACAAGUGCUGUGGAACAACAGGGAGGAGCUGAGGUGUGCCGUUGUGAAGCCUUCGUACUCGGCUGCUCUUGUUGCACAACAUGCAGUUGAACUAAGAGAAUAUGAAGAAACGGAUCCACAGAGGUGCCUUCCUGUGCUGCUCCUCAUUGAAGACUCAGAAAAAGAAUAUCUAGACGAUCUCAGGAAUGAACUAGAGGUUGCCAUUAACAGCAAGCAGAUCCAGUAUGGAACUCUGUGUUUCAUUCUGUUGAGCUGCAGACGUUCUCAUGAUCCAGAGAGGAAAUGCAAAGAGUCUCCGUUAAAGAACGUGUCUGUCACUCACAAGCUAUCAACUCAAGAGAAGAGAAAGUUUGCAGGAAAACGAAAGGAACUGGAGGCACUUGGAUAUGAGGCUGAUUUCAUCCUGACGUUUGUUUUGAUGAGUGAAGGCUUCUCUGUGGAUUACGUUCAGAAGUUUGUGCAACAUUUGCUGCAAGACAUUGACCACCGAUCUGUGGUCACUCGCCUCAUUCACUACGUAGCCUUGCUGAACACGUAUGUUCAAAACUCUUUCAUGUCUCAGUCCCACUGUGAAGCUCUGCUGGACUUAACCAUUCGGUUGGAGAGAUUUCGCCAACAUACGUUUGAGAAAUCCCUCAGUGAUCAGGCUAAACUAGUCUUCUUGCACCUCAGAGAUGAAAAGACGCACAUUGAAUCGAUCAGAAUCAUCCACCCUCUAGUGGCGAAAGAAAUUCUUCAGCAACUUUUGGGAAGCCAUAAGACCCAAAGCAGUUUGGCGAUGGAACUGCUCUGUGAGAAUGUGCUUUUCGAGCACAGAUUUGGAAGAGAUGAGUAUCUGACUUUCUUGAGACACCUUUUUCUGAGGCGAGCCAGAAUAAGCAAAGGGGAUGAAUAUGAUAGUUUCUUCUCUCCUCUCAUUGAUCAUGUGCGUGAAAACGAGAAAAGCCCAGAAAAAGCAAUUGAGCUCCUCAAGGAGGCAUUCGAGCGUUUCCACGAAGAUCCAUUCUUUGCACAACAACUUGCUCGUCUUCAUUAUACUUAUGAAAAGUUUGAUGAGGCAAAACACUGGGCAGAGACAGCAGCUAGACAGCUGCCCAACAACUCAUACAUCCUCGACACAAAAGGGCAGGUCUACAGGAAAUGGUUCAAUGCAAAAUGCAAGGCAAUCGACAACAUCGCAAAGACACCCCAAAACACUGCGCAUGCUGUGGAGACUGCACUGAAAGCCCUGGAGUGUUUUCAAGAAUGUGAGAAAGCAGCUGACGCUGAUAUGGAGAACAUCAAUAGUUCAGGGUUCUUCUCUGAAGUUGAGGUUGGGUGCAGCCUGCUCAAGCUGAUCUCCUCAUUGCAAGUGUUUGCAAAUAGAGUCAAUGGUCAUUCUGAAUGUAUGAGGUACCUGUUAACGGGUUACAUUCCUGAGGAAGUUGAAGACGCUUGGCAACCAUUUCAUGACCGUUUGAAAAAACUUCACAGUACAAUGCAGGAUGCCCUGGAAUGGAUCUCAGAGGACCUCAGUUACUGGCAGACAGACAUUGGUGCAGAUGAAGAAGAGACACCUGAACGUCCUGAAGAGAAGAUCAGCCAUCCGCUAAUGUGGUUGGCCAAAAAAUCUUGUGAGUACGGGAAGUACUUCAGUGGAGCAUAUUCUACCGCACUUCUACGAGACGGGAAGUCCAUCCCAGACAACCUCACUCCUUUCCAGAAACGCAUGAUCAUCUAUCAUCUUGGUGGUGGCAACAUCAUAUCCAUCCUCUCCAAGCUGACCGACGAAAGUAAUGGAGUAACUCUUCUCGAGAGUAUCCUUUCUCUCUACCCCAGCAAUCCAGAAGCCGCCAGAUUUGGUCAAAAGGAUAUCAUCAAUUACAUCGUGUCCCACAUCUCUCUGUACUGUCUGUCACCACAAACUCCAAAGGUUGUUCCUCUGAAAAAUCUGCAGGCGCUUUGUCGUCAGUUUCCAUCCGAUAAAAGCAGAUGUUUGCCAAGUGCCCUGUUCCUGCUCACUUUGCUGUUCUGGCCAGAAGAUCAUGACUCAGACCGCGAGAAAGAAAGCAAAUAUGAAAUUGUGCAGUCGGCUGUGGAACACCUGGAGAAAGGUUACUGGACCAAAAUGAAAGACAUUCCUCAGCGCAAAAAAAGGAUCUACACCCAUUUCUUUCUGGGAAAUGGAACUGGGUUGGAUAAAUUUGUCCACAAGAGAAAGUUCCAGAGAAUCACAAAGGGCUUCUCAGUCUCUGAGAAACGCAUGAAGUGGUUUCGGGGCGAAGCGUUGAAGAUGCCCGAGAUCACCGUGAUGCUGAAACGCGUUUCCGGAUGGACCGAAGACAGAGCCGUUUUCCUUGAAGGCCCUAAGAAGAAGAAGUUCAGCAUCCUGCCUCUAUACGUGCCCUCAGUGCCUCACAGUAAUGAAAACAUCACCUUCAACCUGGGGUUCACUUUCAGAGGCCCGGUGGCCUGCAACAUCAUCGUCAAUGAGUAGUCUGUUUGCAGAGCGACUGUAUGUCAGCGACUGCAUCACCGAGAGCAGGAAGAGAUGAUCAACUCAGGCCAUGUGUUGGCUGCUCAUUCAGUCAAAUGUUUUUUAAAAGACACAACUAAAAUGUUGGAUAUGUGGAUUUUGCAUUGUUUUGUAAGAUGUGAGAUGAACUGAAAUGUAUUUUUGUCAGUUUUCUAGUGUGUUUUCAAGCGUAGUCGAACAAAGCAAAGUGAAAAAAAUAUUGACCACAGUUUGUGUGUACAUAUGGAUUUAUUUAGCCUGGACUGAUCUACUGCUCAGUGCUUCUUUAAGUGCCUGAUUACAUCUAUAUCUAGAAUAGUUUUUAUUUUCAGAUUGUUUUUCCACUUCAGAUAGCGUGCACUGUACAGCUGGCAUCAAAACGCAGUUUGUGCUUGGAUUUUGUGACUUGUUCACAUUUUUAGGAAACUGAAUGCUGUUAAACAGAAAAACAAACUCUUCCAGCUAUGCCAAGAAAAGCAGCACGUGAACAAAUGUGUGACUUGAUUCUAAUCUUCUGUAUUUUCAAGGAUAAUUUGGGGAACAAAUGAAAAAAAAAAAAAACGAACAAAAACAGAAGAAACCCCAGCGUGUAUCAGUGUUUUAACAUUGGGUUAAGAGCAAUGCAAACUUUGACAGUAUGUUUGUUUUUGAGAUAAAGCUGAAAAAAAA